AUGGAAGGUAGCUCGUCGACGUUAGCGUCUGCGGAUGAUGAAUCCACGGCAGAUGGUGCCAAGGGCGGUGGCGGCGACGGCGCUAAUUUGGCAGCGACUGUGAAAGGUGAGACGGCGGGUGUCCUACACAGAGGAGAGGAAACCCGGCGCUGCAAUGCUCACCGGGCCGCGAGGCCAGCAAUGGGAAGAUCCCAGAAAGGUUCCACUCUCGCGACACUGACACUGUUUGCUGGUGUGGCUAGUGGUGGUAGUGGCCACGGUCGCCAGAAAAAGCAACAGCAAAGGCAACAACAACAACUGCCCCCACAGCACACCGGGGGGAAGAAACAAAAGAAGCAACAAAAGUGGAAGGCGAAUAAAUACCGUGGUCGCGGCGGUGGAAAAGAUGGUCCGGCGCAGGGUAGAAAAGACGCAGUGGGUCCCGCGGAGCAGGCGUCCAAUGGGACCGCCGCCGAAGAUCCUGGUGUGGCGGGCUCCGGACCGACGAAGCAAACCGGUGACAAUUCGUUUCCCAAAAAAACGGCCGCCGAAUUGGGGCUGUUCCAGCAACAGCAGCAGCAGCAAAAGCAUCAAAAUCCUCACUCAUCACAGGCUGGCCAACAGUUGCAACAUUCAACAUCACAAGUGCAGACGGUGCCGCCGUCCGUGGCGUCACAAGGUUAUCAGGGACAGGAGCUGCCGAAAGCGAGUUCUUCCCAACAGCAGCCGCAGCAACAGCAGCAGAAAGGCAAACACUCGAAACAGCAGAACCUCAGCCCGAUGGGGCUCCGCAACAAGCGGCUCCAGUCGGUGUCCAAGUACUUUUUGCCGGACAAGCGCCCGCGCAAGGAUUGUAUCGUCCCGCCGACCAAGUUCCUGCUCGGCGGCAACAUUUCCGAUCCACUCAACCUGAACAGUUUGCAGAACGAGUCGGAGAAUGCGGUCACGCCGAAAUCUUCGCCCAUUCCGACGCCACCACACUACAAGGCCAAGAUCGAGGUGAUAAUUCCGCCCAACAUCAACGAUCCGCUGCAUCUGCUAGAUCCGGUCGACUCGGUGGAGUACGAGAUGCAACUGUGCUCACCGAUGAAGCGAAAACAGCGGCCGCGUAACAAGCGCAAGCGCAAGUCACGCACCGCCACGGAACGUAACGUGACCGGUGACGGAAGCUUGUUGGUGAUCGACCAGCUGCCUCCUCCCGGUGCGGAGCUUGCGAGUGCCACCGGUGCGGGCAGUGGUGGUGGUGGCGAAGUAGAGGCAACCACUGCCGAGGAGGCAUCGUUCACCGGAAUUGGCCAAAAGUUCGCCGAAGUCACAUCGGCAUCGUGUCCUUCCUCAUUGCAGCAGCAGUACCACUUUCUGCACCAACAAACGCACCAAUCGGGAGGGACCCACUUGCUCCUGUCAAGCAGCGUGACGGUGGCCACCGUCGGUGCCAAUGGAGGUGCGAUCGGUGGUAGUGGUGGUGGUGUGGCGUCUGUGUCGAGCUUGGGAUCCAUUAGUGGCAGUCUGGGGCCAACUGGCACCACACAACCCGAACUGACGGCGGAACGUGAGCGUGAGAAGGCGAUGCGUAACCUGAAGCUCGAUCUUGAAGCGGCCGGUGGCCGCAAGCGGCGCACGAGCGAAAGCACAAACAGUACGAAGAACAAGGUCCGGCGAAUGGAUUCGAUGGACAAGAUAGUCAGCCCGGUCAUACCGCAACCGGGCGGCUGGAAGCGUGUGCACUGGCCAGCGAAUGCCGGUGGCGGUGGAGCGGCCGGCGGGGCUGGGAGGAAUCGAACACGAACCUACUCUUCUGCCUCGAACGCCGACGAACAGCACUGCCCACCGUCGGCACUGGGAGAGGAACCUGUUCCAGGGGCGACUGAACGCCGGGAAGACGGUGGUGCGGGACAAGAGCAUUUGCGUCAACAAUCGGACAAUCGCGUCGAAAGCUCAGUGAGCCACUCCGACGAAACGGUGGCGACCGGUGGCGUAAUCCGGUCACAAAGCGAUGACCAUUCGUUGAAGGCACAGCACGGUGCCGGAGACGGCACAAAGCAGGAUCGGUCGGGUUUGCAAAGUUUCCCGGUCACGGAACAGGAAAAAGUUGAUAUUUCUGCUCCUGGCACUGCGAUCAGUGCGAGAUCACUGACGGAGUUGGCGCUCUCGAACCGAUACCACUAUGGUAACUAUGAUCGUUACUAUGGAUACCACAGUUUGAACGAGUUCAUCGACGUACGGCUAAAGGUGUUUCUGCGCAAUCCGUACCUCUUUCGGGACAAGGACGUCCUGGACAUUGGUUGCAACGUGGGCCUGAUGACAAUCGCUGUGGCCAAGAUGCUGCACACGAAAUCCGCCACCGGAGUCGACGUAGACGGCAAACUGAUUGCGAAGGCACGCAAAAACUUGGCCAACUAUGUCCGAGUGCCGCGAAAGGUGUCCGGGGGACGACGGAGCGCUACGGUGACAUCGGGAACGCUGCUACAACCUGCGGAAGUUAAAGAGAAGCCCAACACACACGUGAGCAGCGGGCAGAAGGAGGAGGCAGCAUCCGAGCAGCAACAAACCACGGAAAGCACGACGGAAGCAGCACGCGGCACGGACCCAUUACCCGAUGGUAGGGUGGCUAGUCAUUUGCUGGACGGAGCAGCGCCAGCAACAAAUAUCGACACUUUGCCGACCGCAACCGUGGACUGUGGAAGCUGUGCCCGCAGCGCCACCGCAGAACCACAGGACAACGCACGGAGGCAAACUCAGGAAAACGUUGACCAGCGGGAAGGUUCACCGGAACCGCAAGAGCACAAAAAUUCGUAUAAACAAAGACUCGCACAACGGUUGCAAAGGCUAAAACAAAAGCGACGUCGAAAACAGUUCUCGGCCAGGCAAGGCCGCACCUUCCGACAUGGCCACCAUGGGCACUGUGGCGGCCGGGGGAAAGGAGCCGAUCACUCGCAGUACUUUCCCAUCUCGUUUCCCCUCACGAUGGGCAAUCUCAGCGGCAAGGAGCACCAGAUGGACAUCGGGAAGCCGGAACACAAAUUCCCUCACAACGUUCGAUUCAAGAUGAUGAACUACGUCGUGAAGGAAGAAUCGCUGAUCAACUACGACACGCAGCAGUACGAUCUGAUCCUGUGCCUUUCGGUCACGAAGUGGAUCCAUCUGAACUACGGUGACGCGGGCUUGAAGAUCGCCUUUAAGCGCAUGUUCAACCACUUGCGCCCGGGCGGAAAGCUCAUUCUCGAAGCACAGAACUGGGCCAGCUACAAGAAAAAGAAGAAGCUCACGGAAACUAUUUUCGAAAACUACAAAAACAUCGAGUUCUUUCCCUGUCGCUUCCACGACUACCUGCUGAGUCCGGAGGUGGGUUUUAGCCACAGCUACCCUUUGGGCAUCCCGCGCCAUCUGAGCAAGGGCUUCCGGAGGCCAAUUCAGCUUUACAUUAAAGGUGAUUUCACGCCAUCGCAGGCCAAGUGGAGCGACACGUAUCAUCCGGGAACGCCGUACGAGAAUCAUCGGGGCAUCUACACGGACAUCGUCACCGGUUCGCAGACGGCCGCCCACUGCAUCUGGGGUGCAAUGACACCGUACGCCCCCAGUUACAGCUACCGCCAGCCUCCGACACCGUCACACGGUGGUAGCGGAGGUGGUAGUGGCGGAGGCAAUGGCUUUGCGGCCACCUCGCCCUACUACAACCCACGGCAAACGGACAGCUAUCUGCCGAGCUACGAUAACUACGGCAAUGGCUAUCGUGCCGGAAGCUACUGCUUUGCGUCACCGCUCUACUCCACCACCUGGUCUCCGCCGUCCGACAUGUUAGCGACGAGCGGUGGUGGUGGCGGCUCGUACCGUCGGUCCGCUUCCAACACCCCCAACUCGGGCAGCAUUCGGAGCACGGACAAUGACGAGCAUUACUACGCAGGAACGGCGGGAGGCAGCCAACGACGCCACCACGUGUAUCCGCCGAUCGAUGUGUUCCAACCGCUGCUCGGGCAGGAGCACAUGCGCUCGGGCAGUGGCUUCCGCGGCAACGGGGCCGGUGCCAUGACCGAUUCCGACUCGGAGCUCUCGUCGAACUCGGCUUCCCAGACGCCGACUCGGCAGCAGCAGUUGGCCGGCAACUUUCUGAUCGACGAUCAAUCGAAUUCACCGAGCGGUCACUCGCAGCCGGAUAAGUAGUGCGUGCGUGUCCGCUAUUCCGGAAGCUUCUCGUUCGACGCUUCGUUGGCCAAAUAGUACAGAUUUCACCCAGUAUCCGUUUCCCUGUCCUAUGGCACAGUAUUGCCACGUAGCGGGCUCCACAGGCACCUUUAAGCAAUGACCAGCGGACUAGCUUAGGGUUCCCAUUUACGACCCGUUCCGACCCUGUUUAACAAUGUGUGAUGCAAAGUAUUUUUAUCCUAUCCCCGAUCUAUUUGUUAGCUGCGGCACCAUUUAAUUUCCGAUUGUAGGGCAUCCUUGCUCCAGGACGGGGCUCAGAUCGGGUUACUUUUGUUUCUGUAGUUCGUAUAGCUGCUUUCCAUUAACUGCUACGAAGCACACGCGCGCAAGUGGUAAUCUUAGGUCCUGAUUCGUGGGCAGUGAGUUGGACAAU